AUGGCGGUGGCCUCGGAGGCCUCUUCCCCCAUAUGUUUCGAAGGUCCGGAGAGCUUCGACUUCAUAAGGUCGAUACAUAGUGGUCGGAAAUCGAAGGUUUGGGUGGCCAAGAUAGAAGAGGACGUGGAAGGGCUAGCAGGGGCACUUUGUGUGGUGAAAAUGAUAGAGGCUACUGAGCUACAGAGUCGGGAGCAAGUGCAGCACGUCUGGGGAGAACGUCGGGCGGCGUAUAUGGUUGGCCAAGUGAUGGACACCCGUGCUCGAGCGUCUAACUUGAAGCUUCAGACUCCUGACCUGCGAGAACGGUGCUGUGCUUUACUGGGGACUUACAAGACGAAUAGUCAAGUGUGCUUGGUAUUGACAGCUAUGAAGGGGGAUCCCAUCCAUCAUCACUUCCAACAUGCAGAGCGUGGACACUUCGCGGACUAUCGAGCCAAGUGCUAUGAAUACUACAUCCACUACGUAGCGUCAACGUUGAGGUUACUGCAUCGAGAGGGAUACGUCUAUCGCGACUUGAAGGCUAGCAACGUGUUACUGGUCGAAGGACGUCCUGUCCUCAUUGACUUUGGUAUGUGCAAGAAGAUCGCCGAAGCAGGAGGCAGGACCUAUUCAGUCUGUGGUACCUACCAUGCCAUGGCUCCCGAAGUACGGGCGCUCUCCGGUCUAGAUCACGACAUUAGGGUCGCGACCACUGACGGGUAUGGAUAUGCUGUGGACUUCUGGGCUUUGGGUAUUCUCUUGGUAGAACUGCUGACUGGUAAGCCGCCGUUUGGGUACAGGAAUGGCGACAUUGGGGACCUUUUCGACCUAUCAAGAGGCAGCCCAAGCACAAUACACUGGGCCUCUGGCGUCCAGCCAUCACAAGAACUCCGUCAGUUGGUGGAGAGCUUGUUACAGCCAGAGCCGUCUGAGCGGCUCGCUGACUGGGAAGUCGUACUCGGCCAUCCCUAUUUCAAUGAUAUAAAUGACAACACGCCUCCCCCUGAAUGGGACCAUGACUUGGGAGCUGAUCUGUGGGAUACGGACGUUAGCGAUGAGUCCUUCAUGAGCAGCUCGGUAGAUGCUUUCUGCGAUUUUUAG